AUGUCUUACGAUAACAAUCACAACUACUACGAUCCGAACCAACAGCAUGGCGCUGCUGAAGGUGAGGGCUAUUAUCAGCAGGGUCCGUACGAUGAGAUGGGUCAAGCUCAAAACUUUCAACAGGGUGGCGAGUACUAUGACCCAAAUCAGCAGUACCUGCAACAGCCAUAUGACAUGGAGGGAUACCAAAACUACGGUCAACAAGGUGCAGCUGGUUACAACGCCGACCCAGAAGCUUUUUCUGACUUCAGCUAUGGUGGCCAGAACCCAGGUACAUCUGGCUAUGACCAGUAUGGCACUCAAUAUACUCCCUCUCAGAUGAGUUAUGGUGGCGCUAGAUCUUCCGGUGCCUCCACUCCCAUCUAUGGGGCAAAUCCUAACUAUGAUCCCACUCAGUUUCAGUUGUCAUCUAACUUGCCUUACCCAGCAUGGUCUGCCGAUCCUCAAGCGCCUAUUAAGAUUGAGCACAUCGAGGACAUUUUCAUUGACUUGACCAAUAAAUUUGGUUUCCAAAGAGAUUCGAUGAGAAACAUGUUUGACUACUUCAUGACUUUGUUGGACUCCAGAGCCUCCCGUAUGUCUCCUGCACAAGCUUUAUUGUCUUUGCAUGCUGACUACAUUGGUGGUGAAAACGCAAACUACAGAAAGUGGUUUUUUGCUUCCCAACAAGAUUUGGACAACUCUCUUGGUUUUGCCAACAUGAACUUAGGAAAAAUUGGUAAGAAGGCCAGAAAGGCUUCAAAGAAGUCCAAGAAGGCUAGAAAAGCUGCUGAGGAACAUGGCGAGGAUUUGGAUGCAUUGGCCAAUGACUUGGAAGGCGACUAUUCUUUAGAUGCUGCCGAAAUUAAAUGGAAGGCUCAGAUGAACGUUUUGACUCCGGAGGAAAGAGUUAGAGACAUCGCUCUUUACUUAUUGUUGUGGGGAGAGGCCAACCAAGUGCGUUUCACUCCUGAAUGUCUUUGCUACAUUUAUAAGACUGCUAUGGACUACUUGUUGUCUCCACAAUGUCAACAAAGACAGGAACCAGUCCCAGAGGGUGACUAUUUGAACAGAACAAUCACACCUAUCUACAGAUUCUUGAGAUCUCAAGUAUACGAAAUUUACGAGGGAAGAUUUGUCAAGCGUGAAAAGGACCACAAUGAGAUUAUUGGUUACGAUGAUGUUAAUCAAUUGUUCUGGUACCCAGAGGGUAUUUCUAGAAUUAUGCUCGCUGACGGUACUCGUUUGAUUGACAUUCCUCAAGAAGAGAGAUAUUUGAGAUUGGGCGAAGUCGAAUGGCAAAACGUUUUCUUCAAAACUUACAAGGAAAUCAGAACCUGGUUGCACUUCGUUACCAACUUUAACAGAAUUUGGGUUAUUCACGUUGUGAUGUACUGGUUCUACACCGCAUACAACGCACCAACGUUGUACACUAAACAUUAUAUUCAAACUGUGAACAAUCAGCCAACAGCUUCCUCUAGAUGGGCAGCUCCAGCUAUUGGCGGAAUCAUCGCUUCAUUCAUUCAAAUCUGCGCUACUUUAUUUGAAUGGAUGUUCGUUCCAAGAGAAUGGGCCGGUGCUCAGCAUUUGACUCGUCGUUUGAUGUUUUUGAUUUUGAUUUUCUUCCUCAACCUUGCUCCAGUGGUUUACACUUUCUAUUGGGCUGGUUUGCAGGCGAUCUCGAAGUCUGCCCACGUCAUUUCUAUUGUUGGUUUCUUCAUUGCUGUAGCAACUAUGGUUUUCUUCGCUAUUAUGCCUUUGGGUGGUUUGUUUACCCCUUACUUGGCAAAGAGAUCUAGAAGAUACAUGGCUUCUCAAACUUUUACUGCUAACUUCUACAAGUUGAAAGGAUUGGAUAUGUGGAUGUCUUACCUUCUUUGGGUUACUGUGUUCGGUGCCAAGUUUGCUGAAUCUUAUUUCUUUUUGACUUUGUCCUUGAGAGAUCCUAUCAGAAACUUGUCCACCAUGACCAUGAGAUGUAACGGUGAUCACUGGUUUGGUAACAAAUUGUGUAAGCAUCAAGCAAGAAUUGUUUUGGGAUUGAUGAUUAUGGUUGACUUGUUGUUGUUCUUCUUGGAUACUUACAUGUGGUACAUUGUGUGUAACUGUGUUUUCUCCAUUGGACGUUCGUUCUACUUGGGUAUUUCCAUUUUGACCCCUUGGAGAAACAUUUUUACCAGAUUACCGAAGAGAAUUUACUCCAAGAUUUUGGCCACUACCGAAAUGGAAAUUAAGUACAAACCAAAGGUUUUAAUCUCCCAAGUCUGGAAUGCCAUUGUUAUCUCUAUGUACAGAGAACAUUUGUUAGCCAUCGACCAUGUUCGGAAAAGUUGUUAUACCAUCAAGUUCCUUCUGAAAUCGUAA